AUGCGACCUCCACGUCUUCUCCUUGUUAUUUUCUGCCUUAUCUUUUUCCCUAUCUUCCUCACCUUCUUUUCCGCACUCUCUUCAUCGAGUGUCGCGACUCCUAACACGCUCGCUGGUCGGACGUCCGGGUUGCACGCUCUCUUCUCCUUCAACAUCCCCUCCUCGCUUUUCCCUCCUUCGGCUAUCAUCAGUCUCACCGAUGACAACUCGACCUUCUUCUUGGCCCGCCCUGCGGCUUUCGGUCCCCUCUUGCCGGGCAAGGGUCUAAGCGGCCAGCUCUGGGUGGGCAGCGGGUUUGGUGAAGGUGGGCUCGCCGCCGGGGUGGAAGGAGAGCUAGGAUGUUCCGAUAUCCCCGGCUGGGGCGAGGGCACGGGUCACAAACCACAGGACGCAGCGUCCAGGGGCACGGAGCAAAAGUCCGGCAAGCCCGGAAGUAGCACAAUGAACGAUGGUGCAGUGACACAGAACCGCCCUCUAUUACCUUUGCAGGUCGAUGCCGCUCGGCAGAAUGAUCGAGGCGACGCCCCAGUUGGGCCUUCAUCGAGCGACGGUACCGACGAUCAUUUGCAUCAUCCGCUGCCCGAGUCCAGCGCUGCCGAUAACGGGGCGCCUCAGAAAUACGGUGACUAUGUUCAAGUCAAACAAUCUACUCAUGCCGAUAUCCAGUCGCUGCAAGAGACUGCUGAAAUACAGGGCAAGGUUGUCUUGCUGAGUCGCGGUGGUUGUGGCUUCCUUGAGAAGGUGAAAUGGGCUCAGCGCCGGGGAGCUAUGGCGCUGAUUGUUGGAGAUGAUACCCGUGGCGGUAACUUGGUCACUAUGUACGCCCGGGGUGAUACGUCGAAUGUUACGAUUCCCGCCCUCUUUACGUCUCAUACCACUGCCCAUCUUCUUUCGUCUUUGAUGCCGUCGCACUCUGGCGCAAGAACUGGCUUCGGCGGUGCAUUGAAAUCGCUACAAGCGAAACUUGCUGGGCAGGCAGAUGUAGACCCACAAAAGGCUGCAACAACCACGAGCGCAACUGCUACGUCUACAUCCACCUCUACUAGCUCUUCCGCAUCCAAGGAGCGGCCUUCUGCUGCUACACAACAAAGUGGCGGGUUCCUUCGUGCCCUCGGGUCUUUCUUCGGCCUUUGCAGUAAACACGGAGGCUUGGGUCACCCGGAAGACAGCCGCCGUCCACCCAGCAGCGGCAACAUUGACUGGAUGACUUUGGGCUCGUGGGACUCUGCCAAGUCUCGGCCUGAUCGUUCGAAGGGGUCUGGAGACUACAAUCAGCGCAGCCGGGGCAAAGUUGAGCACGGCAUAGACAGCAACAAACCCGGGCUAUCAUCUGAUAACCUCGAUGGCGAUGGAUUUGUCAUCGGUGUUCAAGACUGGAGAGAUCCUGAUUUGAUGCCAGCACGAAGCAGCACACUCCCGACGCCGAGUACUUCUGCAACUGGAAAGGACAGCGCCAAGACUGCUGCCCCGGACACGGACGCGGCCUUGACUCCUAAUAUACUACGUGGUGGCAGCAUCACCCCUGGUAGCGGUGAAUAUCUCAGUAUUGAUAAAUCUACCGGCAAUGUUCGCGACACCAAUGUCAAGGAAUCCGAGAAAGAUAUCGAUGCCGGCCAUGGAGGGUCAGAAUCCUCAGGAGAGGGCUGGUUCUCAAGCCACUUUGGCUGGGGUGAUAAUACAAAGCUGGAAGCUGAACCGUCUUCCUUUCCAUCACCUCAAAAGGCCGUGUCAAAUCAAAAGUCGAAAACAGCUCAUUCGGCAAACCCUCCAGCUGAUUUGUUUUCGGAGCACGAGGGUUUAUGGGUUACCAUGACCCCCACAAGCAUGUCGACGAGCCCGUUCUUUGACACCCUUCUGGUACUUGUUAUUAGCCCACUCUUGACGCUUACGGUCGUUUAUGCCCUUCUGCUACUCCGAUCCCGGAUUCGCCGCCGUCGUUGGCGUGCUCCUAAGUCUGUUAUUGAGCGCCUUCCUGUCCGCACAUACCACACGAUCUCGAGCACAUCUUCGUCCCCUAGAUCUCCGCGCCCUCCUAGCCUUGGGGAUGUCUCGCCCACUUCUCCACUCCUCGGUGAAAGCCGAUCCAGCACUUCUCGGCCUACUCGGUCUCGGUCUCAGACUAUUUCAGGAGUCCCAUUGAGUUCCGCACCUAGAGAAGAAAAGUCGACGAACUUGCAGUCCGGGUCUACUCUCUGGCGCCGAAAGUAUACUGGAAGACAGGUGGAGUGUGUUGUGUGCCUCGAGGAGUAUAUCGAUGGUCAAAGCCGAGUGAUGAGUUUACCAUGCGGCCAUGAGUUCCAUGCGGAAUGCAUUACCCCUUGGCUUACCACUCGCCGACGAACUUGUCCAAUUUGUAAAGGCGACGUCGUCCUUUCAAUGGCCCACCCCCAGAGCGGCGGCGACUUUCACAAUCAACACGAGCACACCAGCAGUAGUGGUCUUUCUCAGUUGGACCCACGAUCUGAAGCAUCAUCUGCACCUGUUCUCAUUCCCGUUAAUGACGAGGAUGCCUCGGACACCGAGCAAAGCGCCGGUCUUCUUGAUGGCCAUGCGAGCUCCGCACCCCCAUCAAGCUGGAGAAAUCUGGCUUCCCUCAGCUUCUCUGCUCUCAGUGGUGACACCAUCUGGCACCAGGCUCAUGCGGAUCGAAACCGCUGA